AUGCCUCCACGAUGUCCAACGCUGCAAGGUACCUUGACACCAUUCUUGUACCCGGUAUUCUUUGGUACUUCAGCUAGAGGAUCAAGGACUUUCUUCAAUACCUCCAAACGGCUCAAUGAAGGCGCCACUUCAAAUACCGACACCCUAGAGGAGAGCGAUGCAGAUAUCUCUCAUCUCAAUCCUCCUCCGUCUGAUUAUUCUCGAACAAUCUUCAGUGACAAGGCCACAGUACAACUCUUUGCUGGUUCUGGUGGUCAUGGCUGUAUAUCAUUUUUGAAAGAGAAAUAUAUUCCAGCAGGUCCUGCGAACGGAGGCGAUGGCGGUAGUGGUGGAAAUAUCUGGAUACAAGCAGUACGAGGGGAGACGAGUCUGCACAAGCUGUCGCGACGUAACAUAUUAAGGGCAGGAAGAGGCAAGAAUGGGCAAGGUAGAACAAGAGGCGGAGUGCGUGGGGACGACAUAAUCAUACAAGUUCCAGUGGGAACAGUCGUUCGAGAAAUCGAACGCGUCGAUCCCGUUUUCGAAGCGGAGCAAAGGCAGAAAUUGGAAGCUGGAAGAGCGCCUCCAAGGGAAGGAGAAGAGGGGUCAGAGGAAGGAGCAAAUCCAGCAGGGCCAUGGAAGUGGGAUCGAAGUCGGUGGUUACUUUAUCCUGCCAUCACUCCCCAAGAUAUUGCUACUGCGGAAUUCCCUCGCUUGCCACGUGCGAGAAGACCAGCAAUUGCAAGUGUUCAGGUAGCCGCGCCGGUAUCGCUAGAUCUGAGUGUUCCCAUGGAGAAGCCUCUCCUGUUGGCAGCUGGAGCUGUUGGAGGGCUAGGAAACCCUCACUUUGUUACCAAAGAAGUACCAAGACCUAAGUUUGCUACAAAAGGCGAAAGUGGCAUGAGUAUUACGCUGGAAUUAGAGCUCAAGUUACUAGCAGACGUAGGCCUCGUCGGACUACCAAACGCAGGAAAAAGCACACUCCUCCGCGCCAUGAGCAAAAGCAGAGCACGCGUAGGAAACUGGGCCUUCACAACCCUCCAACCAAACAUCGGCACCGUCGUCCUAGACGACUACCGCGGCCGUCCAGCAUCCCAUUCCAAAUACGCCGACGGCGAACCCAGAAUCAACUACACCAUCGCCGAUAUCCCCGGUCUGGUCAAAGACGCCCAUCUCGACAGAGGUCUCGGCAUCAGCUUCCUCCGACACGUCGAGCGCGCCCGCGUCCUCGCUUUCGUAGUCGAUCUCAACGCCGGCGACGCCGUCACCGCUCUCCGCGCCCUCUGGAAAGAAGUCGGCGAGUACGAACGCAUGAAGAUCCAGGAAGAGCAGGAGAAAUCCGAUCCGAUGGUCGAAUGGAGCCCCUUUCGCUCCGUCGACGAAGCAUUGAGAAAUCAAAACGAAACCAUCGUUAUUCAAUCCGGCCCUAACUACAACGCGCCGCUCACGCCUGAAAUCCCGAGUAUCGCUGCGAAACCGUGGUUUGUGGUCGCUACGAAAGCGGAUCUGCCCGGCACGCAGGAGAAUUUCAAGGCGUUGAGGGAGUAUGUGGAGGAGGUUUCUGGGGGGCACGUUGAGCAUCCGAGUGGGAGGGAGAAGGUCUGGGAGGGGAAGGUGGAGGCGUUGCCGAUUAGUGCUAUUAAUGGGCAUGGGACGAGACAGAUUACUGAGUUGGUGGUGGGGUUGUUGGAUGAUUAG